AAUCUCCGUGAAACGUAACGUUCUUCAUUUUCAACUCACUUCCGAUUUUGGGACCCGCCAUUUCGAUUACCGUCGAAAAAUCCCACACCCUCCCUGGUUUAUGCAUUAAUUUGUGCCAGAAACCUUAAAUUCCACGGCGAAAACGAAAGAAUCGAGGUCCUCAGAUUUUGAUUCGGCUACUCCUAAGCUAUAUAAAAGGCAUAGGUUGCUGCUUAUAUUUUCACACAGCAGAAUCAAAGCCUUGGUAUUGGCGAAUUGCUUUGAAGGUAUUUGAAGUAAUGGCUAAAGAGGGUUCCAAUGGAAAUUCCCAUGCUUCCACAAAGCCACCACCCACUCCAUCUCCUUUGAGAAGUGCCAAAUUUUUUCAGGCAAAUAUGAGAAUUUUGGUGACUGGAGGAGCUGGGUUCAUUGGCUCACACCUGGUGGACAAAUUGAUGGAAAAUGAGAAGAAUGAGGUUAUUGUUGCUGAUAACUACUUCACUGGAUCGAAGGAUAACCUGAAAAAAUGGAUUGGCCACCCUAGAUUCGAGCUUAUCCGACACGAUGUCACUGAGCCACUGUUGAUUGAAGUUGACCAAAUAUACCAUCUUGCUUGCCCGGCGUCUCCGAUUUUCUACAAGUACAACCCUGUAAAGACCAUAAAGACGAAUGUAAUCGGCACGCUAAACAUGUUGGGACUUGCCAAACGUGUUGGAGCCAGGAUUUUGCUUACAUCCACGUCCGAGGUAUACGGAGAUCCUCUCAUCCACCCUCAAGAUGAAAGCUACUGGGGGAAUGUCAACCCAAUUGGUGUGAGAAGUUGCUACGAUGAGGGCAAGCGAGUUGCCGAAACUCUGAUGUUUGAUUACCACAGGCAACACGGGAUUGAGAUAAGGAUUGCAAGAAUUUUUAACACCUACGGACCCCGAAUGAAUAUUGAUGAUGGUCGUGUCGUCAGCAACUUCAUUGCUCAAGCGAUCCGUAGCGAGCCUUUGACAGUUCAAGCACCUGGAACGCAAACAAGAAGUUUCUGUUAUGUCUCUGACAUGGUUGAUGGCCUCAUUCGGCUAAUGGAGGGUGAUAACACAGGACCGAUCAACAUUGGAAACCCAGGUGAAUUCACAAUGCUCGAACUAGCCGAGACCGUGAAAGAGCUCAUCAAUCCUGGCGUCGAGAUCAUCAUGGUGGAAAACACACCCGAUGAUCCUCGCCAAAGGAAGCCUGACAUCACGAAAGCAAAGGAGCUUCUCAGCUGGGAGCCAAAGAUCAAGUUGAGGGACGGACUUCCUCUCAUGGAGGACGAUUUCCGAACCAGACUCGAAGUCCCAAGAAAAAACUAAGCUCGGAAGCUCAAUAUAAUCAUGCCGAAAAUGACGUCGUAUGGCUAGAGUAAAGAAUUUUCAAUAGAUGAAUGGACACGUUUGAGAGGAGAUUCGUACGAUUCGCUGUGUUGUGUUCUUUAUUACCUCGUUCUCUUUAUUUAGAAUAAGUGACAGACAGAAUUUUUGUUUUACCAUGAUAUUGUUCUUAAGGAAUCUCCAUUUUGGAUGUGGAUUGUACUUGGUACAAGCUCACUUACAUAUACAGGUAUACAGACAUUAUGGGCUCUUAUAUGGAGGCCAAAAUUUGAAUA